AAAGCCAAGACAGUACUAGAGCAGGCAGCACAUGAGCUUCCAAUCCUAUUUAUCCUGUGAGAAGAAAAUCACAAGGCUUCAGAACUAGAGAGUGCCAUCUGCUAGCAAGUUGUCGGUGUUUCGAUGAUCAGAGACCAAUCGGUUGUUAUGGACAGAAGACUGUGACGGGAUGCCGAGAUUGCAUGCAGAGCUGAUUGAUAACAUGUUAUAGUAGGUGUAAAUGAAAUAAGAGAUGGAGAAGAAAGAGAGCAAUGAAGGUGGAUCAAGCAUGUCACCAGAUAUUCAAGCUUUCUGUGACUUAGUUGAUCGAGAAGCCUACCGUAUACAGCUGCUAGAUCAGAUGAAGAAUCAGAAUUCAGGGAAGCAAUUAGUGAAUAAAACCACUACAUGGCAGCCUAUAUUUGAACCAGAGGAUUUCAAACUGCUAAGUGAAAAGGGCCCCAGGGACCUUGUAAAAGCACCAGUUGGAGGGAAGGAAGGUGACUCAAGAGAAACAAAAGAGAAGAGGUUGAUGAGAGGGAUGAAGAGGGUGGGAGAGCUGCUUCCUCCUAUAUUGGCUUAUAAAGAGAAGAUGCAAAAGACUACUGCUAGUAAAGGGUUAACCAUUGAUUUGAACAAGAUGGAUGAAUCUUUUCAUGAGUCUACCCAGUUUAGUGUUUAAUCAACAAUUGGGUGUAGCUUGCCAUCUAACCAUGUGAGCUGUAGAAUCCAUCUUAAAUUUGGAUAUAGCAUAGGAAAUAUCAAAUCUAAUAAGAUUCAGUUUGUGAUAUGGGUGAAAUAUUUUCUUGUAAUUAUGCUCUUAGGUGGAAGUUUUUCCUAUUGGAACUUUCAUUACUUGUUCAAAUGUUAUGUUAUCUUUUAUGUUGAGGAGAA